AUGGCACACAAGAUACCACGGAGAAGCGUCAUUUACGGUACACUCCUGUUGUUUUUGUUGGUGGUAGUGUUUGCUGCUGAUUACUGCCUAGACUUUGAUUCUGUGGCCAAAUCGAGUGAGACCCACCCUAAUAUACCAUUGGCCAAAAACACCAGCAGCAGGAAUACUGAUAGUCCAGACACCACAAUGAUGAAGGAGUCUCUGCGCUACAUCCCACACAGUACCAUGCAGACAUGGAGGGAGCGUGACUACCUCAUUGUGUUUGGCAUCCCAUCUGUGGAUAUUGAUUCGAGGCGGAGACGCCGUGAUCUGCAGCGGACUACGUGCUGGCAGUUCCCCGGUGUUGCACGGAGGGCGAAUGACUUCACUGGUGCCAUGUUGGUGUUGUAUGUACUUGCACGGCACCCAUCACAGGGCUACAAUUAUUCUGCUGCACUACUGGAGGAGGCUACUCUGUGGCAUGAUGUCAUUACACUGCCGAUGAAUGAGGGACGUCCGAACAGAAAAAAUCUGGAGUACAGCAGCUAUAGUUGGGGUAACGAGGUUCAGAUUGGUAUGAGCCGCAAAACAUUCCUCUGGUUUGAAUUGGCACUGCGCUUGUUUCCGAGAAUCAUGUACAUUACAAAGGGUGAUGAUGACAUCUUCAUGCGUGUGCCGCAGUUUUUAUCGGAUUUACGUUUAUUACCACGAAAAGGAAUAUAUUGGGGUGUCACCAUUCCGCUUGAACUUCAACGAGGUAAUACGAGUGUGAGAUAUCGUAUUGCUGCUGGGUGGUGUUACACCCUCUCAAGGGAUGUUGCUGAACACUUUGUCUCUUACGAGCCAUUGAAGCGUUUAGUACAUCUCCCAUACAAGAAGAAGCGAGAAAGGGGAUUUCUAGCACUCAGUAUGGAUCAUGAAGAUGUCAUGGUGGGCCGUGUGCUGCAAGUUGAAUCUCCAUACACUCCUUUGAUACUAGUAGCUGAUGUGGGGUGUCGAUUCCAAGAUGUUUAUAAUAGUAGUGUAGCAGCCAUUGUAGGCCCAAAGGCCGUUGUGAUACAUCAUUUGCAAGAAGACGAGUAUGCAGUUCUAAUGGAUAGGUUUGGGAAUGGUACAACGUACAGACCCAAAAUGCGGUUUUUGCCAAAGCCGAAUCAAAUCAAAUUUCUCUGUUAA